AUGACAAGUGAUGGUGAUUGGUCGAUGGACAAUGUGUUUGGUUGGUACCGUCCAACAAUGAAGCAAGUGGUUAAAAGGAAAGAGAUGGGUGGUGCAUUGAUUGGUAAUGAAAACAAAAAGAGGAGCAAUGAUAGUGAUUGCAACAUUGGUAAUGAAGAAAAUAUAGGCGAGUAUUCCUUGAACAAAUCACAUGGCCACUUUACAAGAGACUCUCCUUUGGGUAAAGAUUUGGUGUUGGAAUCAAAAUCAAAGAUUGCUCCUGGUUUUAGUCUGCGUUGUGACUUGAAAUAUCCUAUCCAAGAAUCGAUGUCUGUAAAAUCCCAUUCAUUUGGGUCUAAAUAG